AUGAAACCUUCAUUAAAUUUCGAUUUUAGUGAAGUUAAAUUUGGUGAUGAAUUGACACCAAAUUAUACAAAAGAAUUCAUGGAUCAAAUGAGAGAGCAAAUGUAUAAUGUUAGAAAGUUUGGACAAGCGUAAAAAAUUCAAAGUCCAAAAUGGAAUCCAUAAAGGCCAAUGAGUGCCUAGGCAAAGUAUUUAAUGACUCCACAAGAAAAACAUAGAUACUUAAAAUACAAAGAACCCACCUAACUUAGUUCAAAUCGAUAAUCACCAUUAUAAACUACUUCAAACAUGCUCAAGUUUGGAAAAACUCAUAUAUCUGAAACUAUUCCUUUGAUUCAUUCUAAUCUCUUCAAUUCUAGUUCAGAUGUAUAACUCACUAAAUAACCUAAUAGUUCUUAAGUAUCUAAAAAGUAAACACCAAAACAAAAGAUUAUUAAUAAGCUAUAGCCAUAGCAAAUCAAUCAAAUCGUUUUGGAUAAACCUGUUUAAAACGAAGUGUUCAGCGUUUUCGAUUGGGAUGACGAAUUGGAUGACUAAUUCUACAUUAAAGAGGCAGACUAGUAUCUGCAGAAAAAUCAAAGACUAUAAACAAUAGAGAGAGGAAAUAGAGAGCAAUUUCUAUAAAAAGUAAAAAUAAAGAAUACUCCAAAAGCAAAAAAUGCUAAAUCAACCUAGGAAGAAAUCCUCAAGCAAUAAGAGAUUGAUAUUUUGAAAAAAGAAGCAAAAUUGGAAUAAUUGAGAUAAAAUCAAUUAAUAUAUUAUGAUUAAAUAAAAACUAAGAAAGAAAAGGAACAAGAGGAGUAUGGCAACGAUUUUGAGGAUGAAGAUUAAAUAAUAAAAUAGCCUACUAUUCAACAAUAACUAGUAUCUAAUAGUGAGGAAGAUAAUGAAUAUGGAAAGGAUGAUGAGUUUGAAGCCUACGAAGAGAAUAAAGUUGUUGAAACUGGAGAUGAAUUAAAAUAAUAAUAAUAAAAUCUUAAGAGUAAAGAUCAAAUUUAAAAUAAAACUACUGCAGACUCCAAAAGUAAUUUGACUUCAAAUUAAUAAAAUCCGAAGAAAUUUAUUUAUAGAGCAAGAAAUGCCAAAGAAAGGAAAUAGGAACUAGAAGGAAUGAGAGAAGAACUCGAAAAGACUUUGAUAAAUAAUGAUGCUGCCUCUGCUCAAAUAUUCAAUUAGUUGAAGGAUUCAAGAGAAAAAGAAAAAAUCAUGAUAGAAGUUAAUACAAAACGAAGAGAAGACUUAGCCUUGGCUCGUCUAACUUUGCAGCAAUUAUAAGAAAGAAUUGAUUAAUAAAUACGUAUGAUUGAUGAUUUGGAUAAAAAAGAACAUUAUGCUUAAUAAAUUAUAGAAAAGCUAAAAGAAAACAAAACAAAGUAGUAAUUACAAUAUGAUAACGAAAUCGAAAAGUUCUUGGCUUGCAAAGUGAUUAUAAGAUUGCUCAAAUGCAAGAAGGAAAGAAAACUGUUUUUAGAGUUAAAACGAUAGAUGUUCAUGAAUAUGCUCAAAUAAUGA